GUGCACGCGGCCGUGGGUAAAGUGACCCCCACGACGUGAGUAAAUCGGACGUCCGGCCAGCUGCAAGUAAAGUAAUUGAGCUUCAACAUCACACUUUAAGCUCAAAAUCAACCCAUCGAUAGAGAUACCACAUCACAUGUGCCAAGAUGUCGCUCAACCACAUUGCACGUGAAGGGUUUGGAGGAGCAAUAUCCACAGUAAGAACGAAUCCUCUACUGACGGGUAUCGUCACCACCGCUGUUGUCGGCUUCGCUUGGACCAUUAAUGAUUUUGUUGAUUGGAGGUCCUUCGGUACAGGUGGCACACCGCCGACAUGGGCCGGCUACUGGAAGAUGACCAAAUUGCGCAUCAAAGCGCUGCUCGAUAAUGACGAUCUCCUGGAUACUUCGGUAUACAGCAAGUCAGGGCAAGCUUAUCUCAUAGACCUCCCCAUCCGCGCAACGCGGCGGCCAAAGUUGAUGCCCCGCAUCCUCCCGCAACGGCAGGUGCCAGAGAGGGUGCUCUCAACAGCGUCGCAGAGCAGGUUGCACAACAUUGUCACCUCCCUGGCAGCGGCGCACCCGGAAGUAUUUGAGGUCAAGCCAUCGCAUACCGAAGGCAGAACGACUGAGGGGUUGUAUGCGAGAAGGGACCUGGACACUCUGAAUCCCAUUGCGCGCGAUCCAAUUCUUGACCAUGAGAUUGCGCACGCGCACUCAUCAGAUGAUUCUCUGCACGUAUGGCUAGGUGAUCGGGACGCGGCCCAAGUAGUCGAGAAGGGUUGGGGACAGAGGUUUUGUCUCCCUUUUGUCAACAAAGGAUGGGUCAUGAUCUACGCACCUCGUAAUCUCGAGGAGGUCGAGGUCGUGGAACAAAUUGUGAAGGCUGCUGCGCAAUUCAUCACUGGCUUGGAAUUUAAAUGACGAGAUUCUGUGUGUGUACUCGUACACAUACACAGUCCACCGUAUAGGCAACAUCUAUGAGGUUGGGCACUCGGUGCCAGGUUCUAUCUAGCCAUUAUUGACAUAUAGUCCGUUGUUCUCCACCUCAGCAACCCAUAACGCCCAUGAUUUAUCCUGAGUACCUUCAUUC